GAUGGAUACGCUCAAUAAGAUACUGGCCAUGGAGCAGUCGGACCUUCUAGCUCUUCGCCCUGAACAACGCAACGCGGCGGUCACUAUCAAGCAUGUCGGCGGUCCCGCGAUCAGCGAAUUCAUACGAUAUGACAAGAUCAUGCGCCAGGACAAGGGCAGGAAUGACGGAUCGCCGCGGAACGAGAAUGAAGUCCAUUUGAUGGCGUCGAAGCUGGCCCAGCAUGCUGCGGCCGCCCUCAAGGUCUCAGAGAUGCAACUCCAGAAUCUCAAGCAGCACCAACACAUUCAGGCGCUCUUCCACGGCAAGCUGCUGAUGGCCAAGAACUUCAUCAACAUGACUCGAAAACUCCUCGCUAGCCGUGAUCAGAAUGCGGGACAGCCAACGACCGAAAGCAAGACGGACCCAGAACAAGACCACCAUUCCGUGUCCGUCAACACCGUGGCGCUUCUGCAGAAAGCUUACACCUUGAGCCCCGAAGAUAAGGCUAUCCUUCUUGACAUUUCCAACGCAGAACUCAACAUGCUACCUGAGUCGCAGUGGGUAAGAGUUAUGGUGCUGCGCGGGAUUAUCACCAAAAUGGAUGAAGCACCUACAGACACAGAAGCAGAGCGCACUGGGUCCUUCGUUGCAGAGCCCACUGAAUCGUUCGUUGCAGAGCCCACUGAGUCGUUCGUUGCAGAGCCCACUGGGUCUUUCGUCGCAGAGCCCACUGGGUCGUUCGUUGCAGAGCCCACUGGGUCGUUCGUUGCAGAGCCCACUAGGUCGGUCGUCAUUGUUGGGGUUUAUGUCUUCCUAGAGAUGUGCAAGUGGAUGCCCUGCGAGUGGAGCGGCGAGAUCAUCGUCGUCGACGACACGGUAUUUAUCGCUCCGCCAUACACUCUCGAGAGCUGUGCAGGGGUCUCUACUAAGCCGAUUGUUGUGGCUUAUGUCAAAGCCCGUCUUGAGGAGAUCCUUGAAGCGCUCAACGAGGUGUCGUUGAACUAGGUGCUUCUUGGGAAGGCUGAGGGGAUCGGGUUCAGAGACGUGAAGGUUUUCCGGCCUGGGUGGCAUGGGCGGAGUUCUUUAGUGUACUACCCUAAUACUUCAAUACAACUGUCGGACUCAAGUCCGU